UACUGGGAUUAAAAGUGUGCACUACCACCACUUAACAAGAAGGUUUUUUGUUUUGUUUUAUUUUUCUGCAUUAAAAUUGUAGGGUUUUGCUAAGUGGAAAUUAACUAUGUCAGUUUGUUUACUUUAUAAAGUAUAUAAGUAGGUACAUUCUUGACUUAUAACCCAAACUUUACCAACAGUUGGAGAACUAUUUUAAGUUCUGCAGGUUUUGUCAGGCUUAGUGGUGAUGCCUUUAAUCCCACCCUAGGCCCGCCUGGUCUACAGAGCGAGUUCUGGGACAGUUAGGGCUGCACCACACACAGUCUUGCUGCCUCCGUCCUGCGUGCUGGAGCCAUUGGGUACACUGCAGCUACUGCCGCAAGACCAUCAGUUUUAUUGCUGAGCUAUAAGAAGACGUGUAAUAAUUGUAUGCAGCAAAGAUUUAAUUUUUCCCAUAUUCUCUCCAGACUGUGGUGGGUUGGUACAAAUUCCGUCGUCACUCGGAUCAGAUAAUGACGUUUAGAGAGCAGUUGCUGCACAGAAACUUACAGAUGCAUCUUUCAAGCCCAGAGCUUGUUUUUCUGCUCUUAACACCAAGUAUAGCAACAGAAAGCUGUUCCACUCACUGCCUGGAGCACGCCUUAUAUAAGCCUCAGACCGGGCUUUUUCAUAGGGUACCUUUGGUGGUUGCCAAUCUGGGAAUGUCUGAUCAACUGGGUUAUAAAACAGAAUCUGCUUCCUGUACGUCCACUGGCUUUAGCAGAGCAGUGAGAACACACAGUUCUCAGUUUUUUAAUGAAGAUGGAUCGUUAAAGGAGGUGCACAAGAUAAAUGAAAUGUACGCUGCUAUACAAGAAGAAUUGAAGAGUAUAUGCCAAAAAGUUGAACAAAGUGAACGAGAAGUGGAGAAACUAAUGAUGGAUGUAAACCGACUAAAAGAAGUUAGAAAAGAACAGCAAGCGCAGAUUAAAGCAGCGGGAGAGAAGAAUGUCCAAAACAACCCCCAGGAGAACAUUCUUCUUUGUCAAGCUUUACGAACUUUUCCAGAGUCUGAAGUUCUUCAUUCUUGUGUUAUUUCUUUGAAAAAUAGACAUAUUUCUCAAAGUGGAUGUAACACGAACCACCAUCUUGAUGUGGCUAAGCUGACCUUAAUGGUGGAGUAUGUUCACAGCCCUGACACUAGUCCAACCCGUGCAACUCAGAUGACUAAGCGUAAAGCUCUAGACACGCAGGACCCAUGGCCUGUAAAGAAAACGCGACUGCUGGAGACAGAGAGCAGACCUGGGACAGACUCCCGAAGCAGUCACCCAAACAGAACGUCCUCAAGCAGCCUGGAUCUGGACACAGAGAUGGGGAGCACGGAGGAGGAUGGAGAAUAUCCUCGCUCUCCCACGUUUUGAUUCUUGUUAGAUGAU